UGUUGCUCUGAUCAGGAAAAUAGACAUACAGAAAAACGUGGAGCUCAUCCUAAAGAAGCUGAGGCAGCUGGUGCAUUAUGUCGGGCCUUAAAACGGCCAACCUACGCAUACUCGCGCGGUGCAGGCAACUCAGUUGCCUGACAUGGUAACUCCGUCGCCAUCCAUCUUGAGCCGGUGAGAGGAGGAGAGAAACUCACCCCGGGAGCUUCGUGAGUGUUAUGAGUGAGUUGGAGUUUGAGUGACAAACCCCAAAUUAAUUUAGCCAUGGCAGAUUGCUUUAAAAUCCUGAUUGACGACCUUCUUGGGUUUGGACACGGUCUGCUCGGGCCAGGAGUCCAGAGUAAAGCUCAGUAGGCAUCGCGCCCAUAGGUUAUAGCCAGUCACUUCACUCAGUGGCUGCUACCGCCGACGCGGAAGAAAAGAACCGCCAGCCUGGAUCGGAGGCGGGCACAACGAGGUGGAGCUCGACCUGCCCUGAUAGCCAGAACGGUACCUCGUCAGCCCAGGGCCUAUUCCAAACGCGGCGCAAACACAGGAGCAACGGAGGCGCGCGACCGACCCGGGUUUUUUCACACUCAGUGUGAAACACACAGAUAGAGAAGAUGACUGAGGACGCAGUCUUUGGUAGGCGCAACGCCCUUACCAGAUCCCCACCACCGUCAGCACCUGCGAAAGCUCAGGGCUCGAGCAUGUUCAAGCCCGGCCCGGGUGGCAAAGAGAAGGAGCGACCGCACUCUGACCCAUUAGAGCUGCUAAAAAACCUGGGUACUCGGGCCAAUGAGCUGGUCAAGAGGAUGAACGACCAGCGGCAUGUGGACAACGUGAUGAAAGAUUUAGCCCUGAGAGUGGUAACCCUUCAGGCCCCGGUGGUCAACAAUUUCGAGAAGCUGCACACCAGGACAAUUGAGACCGCCACUACUGGUACCCAAACAGCUGCGAAGGCGCCGCACACCGGCUCAAAGAGGCUGCGCGAGUCGCCUCAAAUGGCUGCGGAGCCCACAAAGAGGCAGAGAGGCACAAAGCUUCAACAAGCGUCGACCCAGCUCAAACCGCCGGCGCAGUCCCAGGAUGAACUAACCCCCUCGGGUACAGUGGACCAUGGUGCCACCCCAGCCGCUAAGAAACAGCUCAAGUGGCAGCAGGUGGGCCCUAGGGUAAGGAAAAAAAGGGAGCCCCGUGAGCGCGAGCCAAGGCCAGACGCAAUAAUCAUUCAACCCCAGGGCGAGCUUAGCUAUAGCGACAUCCUCCGUAUGGUCACCAGGCGCCAGGAUGGCAAGCGACCUUCAGGAGGUAGGGGAUAAUGUUAACAGAAUCCGGAGGACGGCAAA